AUGCAAGAACCGAUCCCGCCCUCGCCAGACCAAUCCGAGCACCUGGUCCGGCCGUCAAGACGCACGAGGCGACGCGCGUCAUGCCCAGGGGUAUCAGCCCCCUUCCGCGCGCAACCUGAACCCAGCGGUUCAGCAUCAGCAGCAGCAGCCGUCACCGACUGCCCCAGCUCGCAACGUCAUGAGCAACAUGGCCAUGACCAGCGAAUCGCGUCGUCGCCGUGCCCGCUCGCCUUCACCCGAGCCGGCACCGCACCCCAUUGGCGCGUUCACCAACAACAACCCGUUCAACCCGCGCCACGAUUUCACCGACGACGACGACCAAGACUGGAACCUUCCAGUCCCGCUGCUUGA